AUGUUGGCACUCCGGCUGUUGACCGUGGCCCUUAUCGUUCGCAGUUCUCAUGCCGCACAUGGCCUGGACAACAACUGGACGGUUAAGGUGACCGGCAUGGUGGAUGCCAACAUGUGCGUCAGGAUCACCUCCGUUGACUCCAUUGAGGACAUGGGCACCAACAUAGCGACCGGCGCCACCUCCCAAUGUGUUCCUGGCACGGACACCUGCGAAGAUGGCUACAGCUGCGAUGCGGCUCGUGCAAGGAAGCCAGGUUUGUUUGCAGGCUGCACCUUUGAUAGCAGCACAGCAUCCGAAUCUUCGGUGACCGGAGUGAUCAUGGACGGCACGUGCUACGACAACUUCAUCGUCAAGCAGCUGGCUAUCAAUGGAAACCCAAAGACUGCUGGCUUGGCGCCGGACCUGGUGCAUGUGCGCAGUGAGGCUCACUUGCACACCAGGGCCUGCCUUGUUGUGAACUACUGCUCUGGAACAGGUUUCUACCUCUUGCAGAGCGCGGGAGAGGACAUGGGCACCAACAUAGCGACCGGCGCCACCUCCCGAUGUGUUCCUGGCACGGACACCUGCGAAGAUGGCUACAGCUGCGAUGCGGCUCGGGCGAGGAAGCCAGGCUCAUUUUCAGGCUGCACCUUUGACAGCAGCACGGCAUCCGAAUCUUCGGUGACCGGAGUUCUCAUGGACGGCACGUGCUACAACAACUUCAUCGUCAAGCAGCUGGUCGUGAAUGGAAACCCAAAGACUCCUGGCUUGGCGCCGGACCUGGUGCAUGUGCGCAGUGAGGCUCACUUGCACACCAGGGCGUGCCUUGUUGUGAACUACUGCUCCGCAUCAGGCCUGGGAUGCAAAUUGGAAAGCAGGGACCCCUUAGAUUUUAGGAUUCGUGUAUGUCUGUUUUGGCGGGGCGUUCCAGGGGAAUGCUUUGAGAUAACUCGGAGGCUACCUGGGAAGUUGGAUGAUUGA